AUGCAUGAAAGAGAAGCUGAAUUCUUUUUAAAAGAAGGAUUAGUUUGCAAUGGUGUUAUUGCUGAAGGUGGAUUUGGGAUUGUUUUCAAUGUAUAUAGCCUUCAAUAUCAAACAUACUUUGCAUUAAAGAAAAUCCCCGAACAACGAUUCAAUGAAGCUGAAAUAGAAUGUAUGAAGCGGCUUGAUCACCCCAAUGCAUGCAAUCUAUACAACUACUAUAGAUUCAAUGGAUUUGUUUAUAUGUUACUUGAAUAUUGUCCAAGUGACCUUUACAAUUUAAUGAAGUUACACGAGAGUCUAGAAGAUGAUUUACUUAAAAAAUAUUGCUAUGAGAUCCUUGUCUCAAUUAAGGCCUGUCAUGAUCAAAACAUUGCCCAUUCUGAUAUCAAGCCAUCCAACUUUUUAUUGGACAAGUAUGGGAGACUCAAGAUUUGUGAUUUUGGACUUGCUGCAAUGUAUGAAGAUGAAAACAUGAGAUCCAAAACCUUCAAGGGAACAAUGUUAUUCAUGGCUCCUGAAGUGCUUAAUAAAAGGGAAUACAAUCCUAUCAAAGCAGACAUAUGGUCAAUUGGAGUUGCAUUCUACUUUUUGGCAUCAAAUUCUUAUCCUUUCGAUGCAAAGGAUAAACAAACGCUUCUUUAUCUCCUUAAUUCUGGAAUAUAUCACACUCACUCAAUUGAUAAUAGCCAUCUUAGGCAAGUAAUUGAAAAAUGUCUUAAAAUGAAUCCUAAUGAAAGAGCAACAAUUGACGAGUUGUUGAAGAUGCCAUAUUUUGAUUCAAUGAAUAAAAAAUCACUUGCUUUUACAAGCAGAGCACGAGCAACUCAGUCUACAAGAGCCCUCAUUGUACUUCCCAACUCUGUUAUCAAUAGACAGAAAAGAAUUCAAAGGAAUACAUCUCUACCAUGCACCAGUAGACGCCUUGUUUUAUAA